GCUGGCAGCACCGGGGGGGGGGCAGUGGUCAGGUCUCCGUCUCUGUCUCUCCGCUACCAGGGUCUGCAGCACGUGGCCGGUGGGGUCCGGACGCCCCGUGCGGAUUUCCAUCCCCUGCUGGCUGGGCAUCCCCCUCGUAACAGACACCCCCCCCCCCACCACCACCCAUCCUGAAUAUACAUCUAUCGCUGCUUCUGCAGGAGCGAAGGGGGAGCUGGACUCACCUGUCUGCGGCUGGAGCUGACGGCGCCACACGCUGAGACCAUGAGCAAAGUGCUUGUGGUGGAGGGGUACAGAGUGCUGGGGGGUCCUGAGAGGGCAGCCCGGGCGGCGGAGGGAUACGUGAAAGAGUUCACGCGUCACCCCAGCGACGUCCUGGUGAACCUGAACGAGCUGCGGCAGCGGGACAUCUCCACAGACACCACCCUGCUGGUGGGCACAGUCCGGCUGCGGGCCCACUGUGCCAUCCUCAUCGCCUGCAGCGGCUUCUUCUACUCUGCCUUGGCGCGUCGUGUGCCCCAGUGGGCCGACCGGCCCGUGAUGCUCUCCCUGCCCCCCUGGCUGGAUGCGGCCAGCGUCUCCCUUCUCCUGGACUUCAUGUACACGUCCCGCCUGCCCUUAUCUCCACACACUGCCCCCGGCGUGCUCGCCGCUGCCACCUACCUGCGGAUGGACCACGUGGCGGAUGCCUGUCGGGAAUUCAUGUUGCACAGCGGGGAGGCGGCUGUGAGCCCCUGUCACAUGGAGCUGGUCUCCUCGCCGUCUGCCAUUCUGCUGGCUCCUCCCAGUGGGGGGUGUCCCAGCGUCACAACGAGUGGUGCUCAGCUGCUGCGUGCUGCCAUGGCCUUUCCAGCAGGGGGCGCUGAUGGGCACUUGCAUCAGGAGUCUGACAGGGUUCUCAAAGACAGCCUGGCCCCCCUUCACCUCGUCACCUGUCAGGGCCGUGAGGCCAGUCCAGGGGGGCCAAAGCUGGAGGCCCCCCAUCUUCCCCUCACAGGGUCCCCUCCUCGACCCCCGGACACCCCCCUGCCAUCUGCCUGUCACCCAAACUCCCCCACAGAGUCCAGCAGCUGUAGCCAGACUCCGGCCACGCCUGGGAGUCCUCAGCCCAAGCUGCCCCCAGAUCCGAAGGCCUGCAACUGGAAGAAGUACAAAUUCAUCGUGCUCAACCCUCUGUGUGCCGCCGAGGUUAAGAAGGAAGGCACCGAUGAAAAUGGGGGGCGGGGCCAGUGUGGCCACGCCCCCAACGGCCCUGGCGAGAAGUCCUCUGAGACCCGGACGGAGAUUUCAGAUCAUAAAGACAGAGCAGAGCGGAGUGCCCCGUGCCAAGAUUCCCACCAGAGAUGCCCAGAGGUAGCCCAUGGCUCCCCACCAUCCUGCACUGACCCUGGAGUCACCCCUCAGAGGCACUGCGGUGACGAAGCCCAGGAGAAGCAGCCAAUGGAGUGCGAGAGCUGCCUUAUGGGGUCACGCUGCAGGGGGGCCAAAUCUGCCAACACAGGUGAGAAGCCAUAUCGCUGCAACGUGUGUGGAGCUCAGUUCAACCGGCCCGCCAACCUGAAGACUCACUCCCGCAUUCACUCCGGGGAAAAGCCCUACCACUGCGACACAUGCGGAGCCAGAUUUGUCCAGGUGGCGCACCUGCGGGCUCACGUGCUGAUCCACACGGGCGAGAAGCCCUACCCCUGCCACACCUGCGGCACUCGCUUCCGCCACCUGCAGACGCUGAAGAGCCACCUGCGCAUUCACACGGGGGAGAAGCCUUACGCGUGCCACCAGUGCGACCUGCGUUUCCGCCACAAGAGCCAGCUGCGGCUGCACCUGCGCCAGAAGCACGGCGCCAUCACCAACAACAAGGUCCGCUACAAGGUGCUGGUGGAGCCGUACCGGCCCACCCUGCAAGCCUGCUGACCCCCCGAAGCCCGCCAGGCCGCUGUGACAUCACUUCCUGUAGGGGAGAGCCGAGGAUUCUGGGGCAGGCUGGUCCUACCUCUCGCUGUCCGCUCGUGCCGGCCGCCCCCUGUUGGCCUGCUUUCUCCAAGACGUCCCUCGUGCAGCAUGCCUCAGGCUGCUGCUCCCCCGCGUGCUCGCUACAGAAAUGUAAAGUGUGCCGUUUGUAAUGAGGUCUGUCCAGCCCAUGUGGCUGCUGGCUGCUUUCAGGCUGCAUGUAGGUGCAGGUGGAGGUGCAGGUGGAGCUGCAGGUCAUCCUCUGGGUUCCCACUUCGCAGGAUGUGGCUGAAAGGUCUCAUAGGGUGUGCGUGGGGCAUCUUCAGCAUCUUCACCAGGUCUUUGAACUGUCUUAUCAGCCCACAGGAGCGAUGACUAGACUCUGUCUUGCCCUCGCCAUCCACCGAGGUAUUUAAAUGUGUGUUUAAAGUGCAGGUGCCGCUGGUGAUGUACGCAAAUGCAGUCAGCCGAGAGUGUUAACAGAGACACCCCGACGUAAACGAGAGCGCCGGCGUCGAGCCCGGCGCCGGCCUUAUUUUUAGAAGGGGCUUUCCGGCUCGGCUGCUGCGGGGAGAGGGUUUCGUGGAGGGAGACGCUGAGCUCUGAAAAGAAAUGGCGUCGUGCCAGAAAAGGGAAGGAAUCGCGGGAAAACGUAAAGUCGUGGAUCUUCAGGGAUUUACUGAAAGGUGAAAGAUGGAUCGUGCGUGUUGGAGCAGCAGUCAGAACGGUUUCGACCGGCCGAAAGCGACCGGCGGUCACCUGAAGUCGAUGCAGGACGUCGGAUUUUGCGCUGGUCUCCAGAGGAAGGAGAAUCCACAGUGAUGUCAUCACACGCUUGCGGCUGCAUGGGCACAGACCUCGCCUCUCUCUGCACCCGCAUGUUUUCCUCUGAAAUGUAAAUACACCUCUCCUGUUACGGACACAUUCCCCACUGUGUCUGUAGGAUCUCUAUUGAGGUCCCAGCCAGUGUUAAAUGCUGUAUUUCUUGUUUAGACUUCAUAAGAGCCCCUCUUUCUGCUUAUGAAAGCAGGCCAGUCAGCUUUAGUAUAGCGGAAAAACUGAUGACAAGGAUAACGAUGGAUUCAGUAAUAUAUUCUGUUUUAAUGAGCUCUUGCUGGCCAAAGACUAAAAUAAUGCAGGCGUAAUGUUGCAUUUGUUUUAUAUAGCGAUGUAUGAAUUUUGAAGGUCAUGUUUUGAUUUUGCAAAUAAAUUCUAUGCGGCUGUUUUGGA